GCGCUCUUCGAGGACGACGACUCAAUGGCGCCCAAGUGGACUCCCGAGCGGGACCAACACCUCUUGCUACUGAUCAUCGGGAGCAUCAAGAUCAACUUUCAGGAAGUUGCCGACAACUGGACUGCCACUUUCCCGAAUGAGUCCUUUCACCCAACCAAGAAGGCUAUCGAAGAGCAUGUGGCCAAGCUGAAGCGCGACAUGAAGAUGCCUACUGUCAGUACCGGUACCGGCAGCGCCUUCUCAACUCCAAAGUCCGCCGUCAAGCGCACCCCAGCUAGCAAGCGUGUCUCUGCUAUCAAGAUGUCUGCCAGCGGAAAGAAGCGCAACUUCACUUCGAUGUCCGAUGAGGACGGGGACGAUGAUGAGGGACUCAACAUGAGCACCCCUUUGCCCAAGCGCCAGAUGACCAGCCGCCGCUCGAAGUCAGUCACUGGCAAGUACGCCGAUCCGGGCAGUUCUGAGGACGAGGACGAGGACGUUGCAACGAAGGAGGAAGAGUCCGACGAUGGCCUCGAAGCCGCCUUCGCUUCGGUCAAGGCUGCUACGACCGGUGCUUCUCCCGGAGGACUCAACGGCUCUGGUAAUCACGAACCAAAGUCUCGCAAUGACAGUGUCGUCGCCGCGCGUCGCAGCCCUUCGAAGAGCAAGCGUGUGUCUCUCGAUGAGCAGUCGGACGUGAGCGAGUUUGAUCCUUUGGCUUGA